AUGGAGAUUGUAGACAGACUAGCAGUUUUUCCAACAUCCAGCUCGCAUACAAAUGUGAAAUGCCGUUUGACCUGUGCCCGUAGGGGUCGCGAUUUGCUUUCGAAACGGAUCGAUGGUCUCUUAAUUCGAUUUCGCGAGAUUAUGUUGCAAUUACUCAAGAAUAAAUUGCAGCUUGGCCAAGUUAUGAGAGACGCGGCCUUCUCGUUGGUCGAAGUUAAUUACGCGACAGGUGGAGUAAACGAGCUGGUCCUACAGGCGGUCGACAAGGCCAAAACCAAGAUUCGAACCAGACAGGAGAUGAUCGGUGGGAUUCGACUAUGGAUUUACGAGGCCUUCCGCAGUGGCGCCGAUCCCUUCAAAUUUACCGGAUUGGCCAGAGGCGGUCAACAAGUGGCUAGAUUGAAGAUCAAUUAUGGAAAGGCAAUAGAUCUGUUGGUCAAAUUGGCGUCAUUGCAGCACAACUAUCGGAUCCUCGACCGAAUAAUCAAGACAACAAGACGUCGCGUAAACGCUCUUCGUUACAUUAUUAUACCUCGGUUAGAACGGACCCUCGCAUAUAUUGUCACCGAACUUGAUGAGUACGAGCGAGAAGAAUUUUAUCGCCUUAAGAAGAUACAAGAAUGGAAAACGAAGCGAUCAUAUGACAGUCGACAGUCUUCUUCUUACCAUUUCAUUCGGAGUGCCAAUGUCCUACUAGACGACACGGACGAGGAUCUUCUCUUUUAA